AUGUUGAACUCUUCCCAUGAUCACAAGCUUUUGGCUGUGGUGGAUGUGAAGGGUUUUGACCCCAAGGAAGUCACUGUAACGGUAAAAGAUGGGAAAGUGAAGGUGUCAGCAGAGCACGAGGAGGAACGCACCACGGCGAGAGGGAAGGAGUAUAACUACAGAAACAUCACCAAGGAGAUCAGCCUGCCGCCCGGCGUGAGCGAGGACGAGGUGACCUACUCGCUGGGACCCAACAAUGUCGUGAAGGUGGAAAUGGCACACCACUGCUAG